AUGGAGGCGUUGUAUGAGCUACCAGCUGACAAAGAAAACCGCGAAUGUACAAAAGUUGUCACUACGGAAUCCACAUCCACAUCACGAGUCAAACUACCACCUGUUAACAUACCACGGUUCGCAGACAACUAUGAAGACUGGAUAAGUUUAUGCGACUUGUUCAAUGCCUUAGUUAUCAAUGAUGAAAGGUUAUCGAACAUGGAGAAAUAUCACUGCCUGUGCUCAAGUGUAAACGGAGACGCGGAGACCGCCCUUAAAAAUCUAGCAGUCAGUGGCUCAAACUUUGAAAGUGAGUGGAGCAUCUUAGAAAAUCGGUAUUAUAAUAAAAGAAUCAUCGUAAACAACGUGCUACGUUAG